GUAGUUUGUCCAAAUUUUCAGAAGGAUGCAUGUUUUGAGCCUGUGAUAAUUUGAAAAAAUAAAAAUUACCAGCGUUUGACUACAUUACUGAUGUGCCCGCCUGGAGGGGGUAAUGUACAAAUGUGUGGAAAACCUGGGUUAGUUAAUGCAUCUAAAGUACAAAGAGAUUACAGGAAAUUGUGCUUUCCGUUGGUUUCAAAAUAAAAGCUGUCAUUCAGCAUUAGUGUUUUACCUAUUAUUCUUGUUGUUGUUGUUGUUGUUGUUAUUAAUGCUAUUAUAUUUCAUAUUGAUUCAAUUUGAAGCUAUGUUUCAUAUAACUUCCGAAUUUUUAAAAAAGUGUGUUUUUUUUACAAACUCAAUCAAAAUUGAUGAUUUUUGUAACAGCUUUUAAAUUUUGUAUUUAUUUAUUUAUUUAGAGAUACUUUUUAUGUUUUUUUUGUUUUUAAAUGCAUCGAUUUUUUUCAUGCUUAGUCAACUAUGGUUUCCUGGAGUUUUAAUUUGAAAUCCCUACUGGGAAGCCGAGCCUCGUCUCACAAUUUGGCGGGCUUAAGGACCCCGCGGAGCGGCACUAGUAAGCACAUGGCUCCUACUCAUAAGACAACAGUUCUCCUCGGUAAUUGCGCUGGAAUUGAUGUCAUUCCUCUGGGCGUCUGAGAACGCAGCAGCUCGUGCGUCUGCCCGCAUUUCCUUCCACUUCCUGACCUCCUUCUCCCGCAGUUCCCACUUUGUGCAUGAGGCGGCUUUCCCACCUGGACAGCGCUGAAUGGGGAAAAGCCCCCCCGGGAGUGGUCUCGGACGGCUGUCAGUGGGAAUCGGACGUGCUCAUAUUUCAGGAAGCGGCUCUUAUUUUUGGGGGGAGGCCCCCUGCCCAUCAGCUGUUUUUGGACUGGGACUGGAUGAUGGUCGCGCUGCAGUAGAGACUUGCCGUCCGCGCGCCAGCAUCAUGAACAGGAACUUUGGUUUUGUGACAGCACUUCAGGCAUUCACAGUCUCCCUGCUGAUGAGCCACUCUGCUGAAGGUUUGGGCAAAAGGGUUCAGGGUGGAUCAACAGCAAAGCAGAAACAUUAUGGGACUACAGUGCCUCUUCAACUUGUUGGACAAGAAUGGAAGCCGGUGAGCCAACUCCAAUCCCAGAAUUACCCUACUUUGCUGAAGGUCCUGGUUGAAGCAGAAGGAGAGCAGCUGCUCCUCAAUCUGGAGAAAAACCAGGGGCUGUUUGCGAGUAACUAUACAGAAACUCAUUACCUGGAGGAUGGCAGUGCGGUCACGGGAACUCCCAACUUCACGGUAAACUGUUACUACCAUGGAGAGGUUCAGGGCCAUGACAACUCUGAUGUCAGCCUGAGUACCUGCGCUGGGAUUAAGGGUUUUAUAUCUCUCGGAGACAGAUCUUAUGUGCUGGAACCGCACGCUGAUCACUUCGAUGGGACUCACAGGAUUUACAGAGCAGAGCAUCUCAACUUUGUUCCUGGCUCCUGUGGCCACCAGUUCAACGUAUCUUCUCCUACCAUGCUGUCGAACAGCAGUUCAUUCAAGGCCUUCAGAUCAAGAUUCAAACGGGACGUCCAGGCAACAACCAAGUAUGUGGAGCUCAUCAUUGUGGCCGACAACAGAGAGUUCCAGAAGCAAGGCAAAGACAUGGAGAAGGUCAAGCAGCGACUGGCUGAGAUUGCAAAUUACGUAGACAAGUUUUACAGAGCUUUGAACAUUCGAGUGGCACUAGUGGGGCUGGAAGUGUGGAGCGACGUCGACAAAUGUCCCAUUACCCAAGACCCCUUCACCACCUUACACGAGUUUCUGGACUGGAGGAAAGUCAAGCUGCUGCCGCUGAAGCCACACGACAACGCCCAGCUGAUUAGUGGGGUGUAUUUUCAGGGCACUACCAUUGGAAUGGCACCCAUCAUGAGCAUGUGCACAGCAGAGCAGUCGGGAGGAAUCGUCAUGGACCAUUCUGACAACCCUCUUGGCGCUGCGGUCACUUUGGCCCACGAACUCGGGCACAACUUUGGAAUGAACCAUGACACACCAGAGAGGGGGUGCGGCUGCAGAGUGACAGUUGAUCGUGGCGGCUGCAUCAUGACUCCUUCCACUGGGUAUCCGUUCCCCACCGUUUUCAGCAGCUGCAGCAAAAAGGACCUGACGGCCAGCUUCGAGAAAGGCGUUGGCAUGUGCCUGUACAACAUGCCAGAGGUGAAAGUGCUCUACGGGGGGCAGAAAUGUGGCAACGGUUACGUGGAGGAAGGGGAGGAGUGUGACUGCGGGGAAGUGGAGGAAUGCCUGAAUCCGUGCUGCAACGCCUCAACCUGCACUCUGAAAGGGGAGGCUGUCUGUGCACACGGGCAAUGCUGCCAAGACUGUCAGCUGAAACCAGCAGGAACGCCGUGCCGUGAAUCCAGCAACUCCUGCGAUCUGCCCGAGUUUUGCACCGGCAACAGCCCCCACUGCCCCUCCAACGUCUACCUCCACGACGGACACGCCUGCCACAGCGUGGAGGGCUACUGCUACAACGGCAUAUGUCAGACUCACGAGCAGCAGUGCAUCACACUGUGGGGUCAAGGAGCCAAGCCAGCUCCAAGCAUCUGCUUUGAAAGGGUCAACUCGGCGGGAGAUCCUUACGGCAACUGUGGCAAGGAUUCAAAGGGCUCCUUCGCCAAAUGUGAAGUGCGAGAUGCGAAAUGCGGCAAAAUCCAGUGUCAAGGAGGAGCCAACCGCCCGGUCAUUGGCACCAACGCUGUUUCCAUAGAAACGAACAUACCCUUGCACGAGGGCGGACGGAUACUGUGCCGCGGCACGCACGUUUACCUGGGGGAUGACAUGCCUGAUCCUGGCCUGGUUCUGACCGGUACCAAAUGUGGAGAUGGAAUGAUGUGUCUGAAUCGUCAGUGCCAAAAUGUCAGUGUUUUUGGCGUGCAUGAGUGUGCAGCCAAGUGCAGCAGUCGAGGGGUGUGCAACAACAACAAGAACUGUCACUGUGAGGCUCACUGGGCACCACCCUUCUGUGACAAAGCAGGUUUUGGAGGGAGCCUGGACAGUGGUCCCAUCAGGGUCGCAGACAGCAGGAAUGUGACCGUCAGUGUGCUGGUGGUUCUCCUCACUCUACUGGGAGCUGCUCUGAUCGUCUCCAUCAAGAGGAAAACUCUGCUCAACCUGCUGGUUUCCAAUAGAAAGAACCCGAUUGAGAAGCUCAGAGCGGAGAACAGUGCGGUCAGCGGACCGUCAGCACCAAACCAGCCUCCCCCGGUGACCACAUCUCCGUCUCGGCCUGCUCCGCCUCUGCCGCACAGCACCACCAUCUUUAAAGUCACCUCCGUGGAUCCGAAUUCUGCGUUCGACAGCCGCCUCACAAGCACACAGUCUCCUCACCGGGGGCCAGAGGUGGGGCCCUCGUCCUAUCCCUCUCACAGUCUGCGCCGGCUCCCCCAGUGCCCCCCGGUUCACCUCAGCCAUCCGAUCCCGCUGUCUCUCACUCUCUCCCUCUCCUCUGGGCUCAGACAGCCCAGGCCCCCCCUGCCUCCGCCCCACCGAGCCACCCAGCCGCACGUCCAGGCCCCCAGAGGGGCGUCAUUUCGCAGCGUGGGACACCAGAACUCCUACAGGAUGGUCAUGGAGCUGGGGAAGCCGAGUCCACCUCAAAAACCUCUCCCUGCUGAUCCGAGGAGCUCUCGUUUGGUGCAUAGCCCCUCUGCAGGACAGGGUAACGGUGCAGUCCAAGGCUCCUCAUGUUCUGCCUCCAAACCUGCCCGACAUCCCAACAGGCCAAGUCCCAAGCAUCCUCCCAUACUACCAAAGCCUUGUAUUAUUGCCAACGUUAAAUACAGCAGCUGAGACUUUGGCUUAAAGGGACAUAUUGGUUUUACACACAUAAAAAAAACAACUUUGCACUAUAAAAACUGAAGACCUUAAGAGGAAUGAUGGCAUCUGUGAGGUUUUCCAUGUCCCUUUGGUGCUCUGUCUCUAAACGGUGCUACAAGUCUGCGCUCAGGUACAUGUAAAGUAUUUAUAUUCUGUAUUUAUUACCACCCAGUGCACUGUGCCAGACACUUUUACCACAUGGUAGCAACUUCAUUUUUUUAGCUUUUAUUUUUCAUAUAAAUAGACUAUUGCAAUGUGAGUGACAGAAGGAAAUUGUAAAACUGCAGAAGUUCCUGUUUUAAACAAAGGGAGUUCUUUGCAAUAUGAAGUAUCUGUUUUACAGGGAAAAGUGAAAAUAGAGUUUUGUGCAAUGGCCGACGAAGGGUUGUGUCUGUAGCAGCUCCAAAUUGGUCGGAACUGCCACACGGAAGUGGGAGUUGAUGGUCGGGAGGAAGCACCGGCCGCUGUUGGUGAUCUCAAACUAAUCCUCAAGAGGCCGGUCUGUCUGCGCUUCAUAUCUGACAGGAAGUUUACUCAUGAAAGGGUGUUGGGUCUUAGAAACAGCUACGAUUGUCUUAAAGAUCUGAACUGUGAUGUGAAGGUCUAACAUUUACAAGGGAGGCUUAGAGCCACCAGGAAAACUUUAAAAUAAGUAAUACAACAGGAAAAAUAUGCAAUUUUAUGAGAAAAAAAGUUGUAAAAUAAAUGUCACAAUUUUACAAAAAUAAAGCUUUUAAAAUAUUAGGAAAAAUUGUGUACUUUCAUUAGAAUUUGGUCGUAAAAUUGUAAGAAAAAAGUUAUGAGAGGAAAAUUAUGAGGAAAAAAUGUGCAACUUUAAGAGAAUAAAGUUGUAAGAUGAUGAGAAAAAAGUCAUUUUAACUGAAUACAUUAAAAAUUUUAUGAAAACGUAAUUAUAUGCAAAUAAAGUUAUAAAAUUCUGGAAAAAAGCUGUAUUUUUACAAAAUAAAUUAAUAAAAUUAUGAGGAUAAAAGUCAUAAUUUUAAGGGAAUAAAGUUUUAAAAUGAUGAGAAAAAAAAUUGCAAUUUUUGAGGAACUAAGUUGUAAAAUAGUGAGAGGAAAAUUCACAUUUUUUUCAAGAAUAGUUGCAAAACUUUCUGAGAAUAAAGUCAUAAAAUUAUUAGAAAAAACUUAUAUUUUUCUUUAGUAAAUUCAUAAAAUUACGAGGAAAAAAAUAAUUUUAUGAGCAUAAAGUAGUAUAAUUAUGAGGAAAAGAAUGUAUUUUCACUAAAUGAAUUCAUGAGAAAAAAAUUUGAGAAAAAUGUUGAACUUUAUGAGAAUAAAGUCAUAGAAUUGUGUUGUAAAAAAUGUUUUAAUACAAAAAUUGUGAAGUUAUAAGAAGAAAGUUGUAUUUUUACUCAUACAAUUCAAGUCAUGCAAUUAUGAGAAAAAAUGCAUUAUUUUAAAGUUGUAUAAAAUUAUGAGAAAAAAAAAUAUUAGAAUAACAUCAUAAAAUUGUGAGAAAAUGUUGUAAUUUUAUGAGUUUAAGUCAAAAUUCUGAGGGCCAAAAGUUGCAGUUUUUUUGGAAAUAAGUUAGGAAAUUGUGAGACAUCAUUGUCAUAAAAUGUUGGCUUUUUUUCUCAUAAUUUUACGACUAUUCAUUUAAAUUUUUGACCUUUUUGUGUUUAUAAUUUGACAACUUUUCCUCUUAUAAUUUAAGGCCUUUAUUCUUAUAAAUGUUUUUAUGGUGGCAAUAAUACUCCGUUGUAAACACGAUUUAGGAAAUCAUGAGUAGCUGGAUGGUAAACUCCUUCAAACACGUUUUUUUAAGGAUUUCCUUUCUAGCAUCAUAGACUUUGGGUUCACUGACGGCAGCAUGGAAGCAUUUCCUACAAGUGUUUAAAGAUGGAUUUUUACUUUUUUUUUUUUACAAAUACUCAGAUGAACUUGAAACUGACACAUUUUUUCGUCCAACGAGCCGCCGGACAUCUGUUUCUCCACAGCCAACCCUUCGUUUAUUUGAAUGUGUUCUUCAUUUGUUAAAAUCGCUUUUUUAUCUAAAGUAACUGAACUUGGAUGGCAGCACAUCAUAGACACAUAUGCAUCUUAACAGCAACAUUUUGCAGAUGCAUCAACUCUUCACCAAUGUGUUGGUUGGCCUCGAUAUGAAGGACUUUUGUUACUUUUGAUACUCUCAUCUUUCUAAUAAUGCACUAGCUUUGUUUACUUUGCCUUCUUAAUUGUGUGUUUGAAUGUGAUGACGAUGCACAGCAGUCGGGGUUAGUCACACCUUUGAAUGUUCCAUCUGUAUUUGUCAUGUGUUACAGGUGUUUUCUUAAAUGGUUCGUCUUUUCUUGUUUUUUUACAAAGGACUCUGUGAUGUGUACAAAAAAAGUCAAGUGUCGAUGUGAAGACGUUUUUCUGAACACACAAGCAGUAUUAGUAAAAACCUUUGAAACACAAAAA